AUGGAUCUUCCAGAAGCCGACGCAGAACCUUUGCAUGGGCCGGUCAAUAAGUCACGUAAGAAGGCCGAGCUUACUGUCAUAGCUGACGCUCUUGGCCUCCCAUACGACGCGAAGACCGGUGUUCAGAAACUAGUCAAGGACAUCAAUGCAUACCUUGUGAAGAACCCGAAACUUGCCAAUCAGCGUCGCUACCAGGGUCUAUUCGCAUAUCGGAAUGGAAAGACGGCCGGGGGAAAGGAUGGGGCCAAGACGAGCGCUGAUAAGGACAUAGAAGAUGAGGACGAGGGUGGGAAGCCUCAGAAAGAUCCAUCCGGUGCGCAUAAGGUGCUCACUGACCGUCAAGUUCCGCGCGAUCCUCCUGCUCGGACGACACGUCUCAAUAGCAGUCGCAUCGUGGCCAUGCCCACACAACCACAGAAGAGGUUCUCCGAACCUAAGACAGGCCUUGGGCCUACUACCCCCUUGUCUACAGGAGACGGUGAGGAUGUAGGGAGCAGCAAUAAGGAGGGCAUAGCAACAAAUGAGAGUAUGGAGGAUGAGCGCAGGCAAUCCACACGGGACUCACGUCAAGAAUCAGUUGUCGUGGUCCUCGAGCGUCAGGGCAGCAUCCAUGCGGAAGUCGAAGAAGUUCAUGUGCCUGACAAUGCCGGCAUCGCUAUAGAACACCGCAUCGAAGGCAGUGAGAGCGCUGCAUUUGUGCGUCUUUCGCAGCUACUUCCCAUCGCGCUGACCCAUGCAAGUACUCCUAUGAAGAACAAGGGCGGACGCCUCUCACGGCUGGGAUUCACUGGUGAUGGUGCACGCAUUCCAGUGGGCACCAUUCAGUCGAUACUCAACCCGCAUUCGGAGCCUGGCCGCUACCUUAGAAGUGCCAAGGUGGACUCCUACAGGCUCGACCGCAUGAACGGAGAUGACGAUACACUUGUGUGUCGUCUCUUUGUAGAGGCAGAUUCAAGUGCUCGUCCCUCCAUGUCGUCUCAACCUGUCAAUGCUGCAAGUGCAGGGACAUCAUCAAAGAGCGGCCAUGGGGCAGUGUUUGAGGAUGACACAGAUUCAGAGCCGUCUUCCGGAACAGCUCCAGCGCGCACACAUGCACGAGGCGGAGGUGGCCCUGCAACGACUGUGGGACCUGCUGAGAGGAGCGCACUCAUCAAGUAUCUUCGUAAGUUGAUUGAUGCACCCGAUUCCCCGUGGAAGAAAGCGAAAAAGGCAAGCCAUAUCUUGCCACGAGUCAAGGCCGUCGAGCAUGCUAUGCGAGUUUUGGAAGAUUUGGGAUGGGAACAGUCACGCGGCGGCUACGUCAUUCCCAAAGACUAUCAGGAUGCUGGUGAUCUGGCAGGGCACAAGUUCAUCAAGGAGGACGUCCUAGUCGCACUUCAGCUCAAGCACUCACAGGCUGCUGGUGACGCUCAGCUAUUCAAGCCCGAGGUCAUUGCCCAGCUGUCUCGACUGAAAGCGUGGUACGAUGACCCUCAGGGUCCUGAGAACGCAUUCUUUGGUACACUAUCUAUUGGCGACUUCCGUGAGUGGCAGAAGCGUGAGUUGGAGAAGAUGCGGUCAUCUAGAUCUCAGGGAAAGAAGAGGGGUAAGGAUAAGGGAAAGAAGCGGGCGAGGGCGGAAAGUGACGAUUCUGACAGCGGUAGGAAUCAGCGUGGCAAACGGGUGAAGCACAUUGAUUCCGAUGACAUAGAUGAUUCAGAUAGCGAUCAGUGA